ACUGACACCGCCUUUCCUUCCCUCCUCCCCCCAGGCCAUACACGCAUCGGAUCCCCUUGGUUGUGUGCGACGAAAGGGCACAUUGCCAACACAAACACCAUAACAUCCAAGUGACCAGGAAACCACAUUGACUGUGGAUUCGCAAACCCAUAUCCCACUUAUGAGCGGAGACUACGACCAGGCUCUCCUCGGCCAGGCCCCUGCGGCUACCAGGGCUCAGAGACAGGAAGGCUACAACGUCGACCUCCUCGACCAACCCGAGCGCAACACCUCCACCCGCGCCGCCCACCGUUCCUCCCAACCCGCCAACGCACAACAGCCCUACGGCGCCUCCUCCCCCGCCUCCCACUCCCCUCCCCUCCCCGCAGGCGCCGCCGCCGCCUCUGCCCCCGGCACACGCGGCGCCCACUCCCCCACGCCCGGGCGCGGCGCAGCGACGCCCUCCGACCGCGCGUUCGAGGAGAAGGAGCGGCGCGGUGGCUAUGCUGCCGCCGGCGCCGGCGCCGGUUCCGGCUCGGGUGCGGGUGCGGCAGCGUACGGGGCGAAAACGCCGUGGUACAAGACCACGAAGGGGCUCAUCGCCAUCGGCGUCGUAUCGCUCGUGGUCGUCGCCGCUGUCGUGGGCGGCGCGGUCGGCGGUACCGUGGGCAAGAAGAGCUCGUCCAGCGCGGCUGUUAGCACGACGCCGGAGUCGUCGUCUACCGUUCCCAGUCCUCUUGAGACUUCGACGUCGACGUCGUCUGACGGCGGACACGGCGGGGGUGGCUCGUCGGCUUCGCCUACUGCUGCUUCGAGCACGGCCAGUGCGACAGCGACGGCGGGCACGUCACCCGGUGGCUCGAGUAGUGGCGGCGAUACAAGCAGUACCGGAAAUACAGGCAGCACCGGGAGUGGAGGCACCCAUGGCAACGAGGGGGUCGGGUCCAACGACGUCGGCGGGAGCCACGCGAUCGGGAUCGCUGCUACGGGCCCGGCGUCGAGUCGGCGGAUGGUGGGCAAGCGCGGAGACGAGGAUAUGCUUAGUUGAGCGACACGACGUUGUCCAGAGAAAGAAAGGAAAGAAGAGAGCGAUGGGCGGAGGGUGGGAGUUGGAGGAGCCGGACGCGUGCGGUAUAUAUGGUAGCUCCUCAAAUUUGUUCUCGAUAUUAUAUCUUAGUCCGUCUGUGGUUGGGUGGAGUGUUGGUUCGGAGGUGCAUGCAUACGCCUACUCGUUCAGUAAUUCCUCUCCUUGCUUACUUCAAAUUUUCAUUACACCCUUUGUUUCAAUUCUAUAUCCAUGCAUGCACAAAAGUUUGUUUCGUUAUGAUUUCCUUGUAACAUAUUUGAAGCUACUCCCAUUACU